AUGGCUAACGAAUGCAAGGAUUGCGGUUGCACAUGCACCAGGUGCACGUUGAACGAUCACGACGUCCAGCUUCACGUCGAAAUCGAGAAUCUCAAGCAGAAGCUCGUGGAAAAAGAAAACCACAUCGUUACGAUGGAAACCAAUUUCCUAAACGAAACCAACAACUAUCCCAACGGGGAAUUGUCUUCCGUUAAAGAGGAACUGUUGACAUGGCAGGACAAAUACAAAAGAUUGUACGAGGCCCACAGGAGGGUCCAAAGGGUGAACCAAGGAUUGGAGGAUAAACUGUUGAAAUUGGUGGACGUUUGCGAAACCGAAAAGACUGCUCUGACCAAAGACGUGGCAACGUUGUCGCACAAACUGGCAGAUGCCAACUAUAACAUAAAGAAAUUAAAAGAGGAAAACGAGAGGUAUAAGAAUGACGUCAGCUUAGCAAUACAAUUUUUACAGUGUAAACAGAGCAAUUUCGUAGCGCACCGAUACGAUACAUUACCGCCCGAAGUCCAAUCGCAAGUCUCCAAUUACAUGACGGCCAAACGGAAACCCGAAGCUAUCCGACCGCCGCCCGAAGUAAAAAGCAUCAAAGUACCCAUUCCGACGUUCCCGCCCACCGCGAUGGUCUAUUCGGUACCGAAAUCGCCCAAUCCCGAACGCAAACCGGAACCGGAAGCCGACCAACAGGUCGAUAUAGUCUCCGCCGCCAUUAUGGCGAAGGUCCUCGAGGAGCGCCAAAGGGAGAGAUCGGCCGUCAAGCAUUGCGACACCUGCACAUGCGCCAAAGGCGUUCGGAUCGUGCAUCACACGAGCAAUCAUCACGUCGGUACGCAAACGGGGGAUUACAGGGAGUCGGUGUGUUUGAGGUGCAACGAGGCGAUGCAAAGCGUGGCGAGCAUGAAAAUCGUGAGAACGGUGGAACCGAUAGCGCAAAAAAUCGUUCCGGUGUAUCCCCUAGUGGAAUUACCAUUACCCGAGCCGGUCCACAACGUUGCCAAAGUGCAGCCCAACAAUUUCCUGGCCGAAUUGUCGACGCCGUCGAGUCCGGUGGAUUCCGACGACAACAAAAUCGGCGAUAAUAAUAAUUCGCUCGUACGUUCUUACCGUCGCGAUACCAGUACAAUCGAAAAACAUCACAGGCUGUGCGAUCAAUCGAAGCCCAUCAGUUACGAAACGGAAUCCGUAUCGGAAAUGGGAGAUUCGGAGAAACCCGAGGAUUCGACGAAAGGACCCCGAUACGCCUCGAUGAGAAUGCAAAAGAACAGGAAAAAUAUACUGCUCGACAACGCUCACAACAACAUUGCACCCGUACUAUACACUCGACCGAACAAACCACCUUCAGAAACCGGUUCGGAUCAGCGCCGUCAGCAGCAGCGCGUCGCCGAUUGGAUCAGACGCAACGUGGACGGCGCGGAGGAGGCUCCGGAGACGGGCGGCAGUUCGGACAAUUCGCGAUCGGACGACGCCGAUCGGGCGCGAUACGCCGAAAUGGAGGAGAACGUGAAGCGGUUCCUGUUCGGCGAGAGCGAGUUCCUCAGAACGGUGGAAAUCGGCCGGAACAAGUACAAGAACUUCGCCCGGGACGAGAUCGACGGUAACAUUGUUAAGUAA